CCCUUUAUUGGUAGUCACCUCCACCACAUGGACCCAGGAAACGAUACAGGAAUUUCAGAAUUUCUUCUUAAGGGAUUUUCAGAAGAACCAGAACAGCAGCUCCUCAUAUUUGGGUUUUUCCUCUCCAUGUACCUGAUCACUGUGUUUGGGAACCUGCUCAUCAUCCUGGCCGUCAGCUCUGACUCCCACCUCCACACCCCCAUGUACUUCUUCCUGGCCAACCUGUCCUUUGUGGACAUCUGCUUCACGUCCACCACCGUCCCAAAGAUGCUUCUGAACAUCCAGACCCAGAGCAAGGUCAUAACCUAUGGAGGCUGCAUCACACAGAUGUAUUUUUUCACACUCUUUGCAGGAUUAGACAUCUUUCUCUUGACUGUGAUGGCUUAUGACCGCUUUGUGGCCAUCUGUUGCCCCCUGAACUACACGGUCAUCAUGAACCCCCGGCUCUGUGGACUGCUGGUUCUGGUGUCCUGGAUCACGAGUGUCCUGCAUUCCUUGUUAGAAAGCUUAAUGGUGUUGCAACUGUCCUUCUGUACAGUCUUGGAAAUCCCCCACUUUUUCUGUGAACUCAAUCAGAUGAUCCAAUUUGCCUGUUCUGACACCUUUCUCAAUAACAUGGUGAUGUAUUUUGGAGCUAUGCUGCUGGGUGGUGGUCCCUUCAUUGGGAUCCUUUACUCGUACUAUAAGAUAGUUUCCUCCAUACGUGGGAUCUCAUCAGCUCAGGGAAAGUAUAAAGCAUUUUCCACCUGUGUGUCUCACCUCUCAGUUGUCUCUCUAUUUUAUUGUACUGGCCUGGGAGUGUACCUCAGCUCUGCUGCUACCCAGAGCUCCCACUCAAGUGCAACAGCCUCAGUGAUGUACACGGUGGUCACACCCAUGCUGAACCCCUUCAUCUACAGCCUGAGGAACAGAGACAUAAAGGAGGCUCUGCUGAGAUUCUCUGGGAUGGCAGCUACAAAAGGGCCAAUUGUCCUGGGCUGA